CUGUAAACAUAAGUGCGCCUACCUGUCACUUCCUGCUGUCGAGAUUUAUUCAUUUUCACUUUUACGUUGCGACUAGAGAUAAUUUGCUUCGCCACAGCCAUGUUCUCAUGAUUCCGUCUAAUGUGUCCCGCACGGUUUGUGGACCCUGCGGACCAAACGUUGCGACUUUGGCUUCAUGUUCGUCUCAAAGGAGGAGUAGCCCCCCCCGGACACUGCUGUGGUUUAAUCAACUCGGCUCGGCUCGUGUUAAUGUGGACGCAGACUGUCGCUUGUUUGACUAAAGCAGCGGCGGCGGCGGGGACAGCGGCAGGGACGGUAUCUGGCGGAGAGGCAUGGAUGAGAGGAUAUGUGCUCCUCUGUCACCCUGACCUGUGCAUCCCAGCAGUUCCUCUGUGAGCAUGUAUCGCAGGAAUGGGCUUUCAGAUGGCAACAGCAUCCAUUCAGUCACAUCUGAGGCCAGCAGCAGCUCGGACUCUCUGGAGGAGUCUUGCGUUGACUACGCCAAGAGCUACGAUGCAGUUGUCUUUGAUGUGCUGAAGGUCACACCGGAGGAAUUUGCUAGCCAAAUCACCCUGAUGGAUGCUCCAGUCUUCAAAGCGAUUCAUCCAGAGGAGCUAGCUAGCUGCGGAUGGAAUGGGAAAGAGAAACACAGAUUGGCACCCAACGUGGUCGCAUUCACUCGCAGGUUCAACCAGGUGAGCUUUUGGCUGGUGAGAGAAAUCUUAACUGCCCAGACGCUGAAAAUCCGAGCAGAAAUACUAGGCCACUUUGUCAAAAUAGCAAAGAAACUGUUGGAGUUGAACAACCUUCACUCUCUGGUGUCAGUGGUGUCUGCUCUGCAGAGCGCUCCCAUCUUCAGACUCAGCAAAACCUGGGCGUUGAUCAGUCGGAAAGACAAGGCCACAUUUGAGAAGCUCAACUAUCUGACAUCCAAGGAAGAGAACUACACCCGCAUGAGAGAAUAUAUCCGCUCCCUGAAGAUGGUGCCCAGCAUUCCUUAUCUUGGGAUCUACCUGCUGGACAUGAUCUACAUCGACUCAGCAUAUCCUGCGUCAGACAGUAUUAUAGAGACAGAGCAGCGGACCAAUCAGAUGAACAACCUUCUCAGGGUCAUCUCCGACCUGCAGAUGUCCUGUAACUACGAUUACUUGGUGACCCUGCCACAUGUCCAGAAGUAUCUGUUGUCAGUUCGCUACAUAGAGGAACUCCAGAAAUUUGUGGAAGAUGACAACUUCAAACUGUCUCUGAAGAUUGAGCCUGGCAACAGCUCCCCUCGCAUUGCUUCGUCUAAAGAAGACCUGACAGGUCUUUCGGUGAUCUCUACCUCACUGAGGUAUAACCGCCGGCCUACCUGUCCCGAUGCGUCUGUGGGGGUUCACAUCGCCACCCCCCCUCCCUCUCACCACAGGAAGAGCCACAGUCUGGGAAACAACAUGAUGUGUCAGUACGGCAUGUCCCAGAGCAGGAGUGCUACGUUUCCCAUACAGAAAGCACGCCACCUGCUGGACGACAGCUUUUUAGAGUCUCAGAGUCCGGUCCGGAAUGAUCCACACGGUACUUCUGUGUCCAACGGCCUGUCUUUAGGCAGCAGUGAAAGCUCUUUGGGGGAGGAGCUGUCACCUGCAAUGGAGAGGGGCCGCAUGUAUGCAACACUGGGCCCCAACUGGAGGGUCCCGCUUCGCAACUCCCCCCGGAGCCGCAGCUAUGUUUACAGCGCCUCUGCUGCCAACUCCUGCUAUGGAUGCAGUGAGGCUGGCAAUGUGGCUAUUGAAGGACCCCUGCGAAGGAAAACCCUGCUGAAGGAGGGACGGAAGCCCAAGUUAUCAUCGUGGAGCAGAUUUUGGAUUAGUCUGUCUGGAUCAACACUGACAUUCUAUGGGGCCAAAGCACUGAGGGCCUCUGAGAGGAAACAUUAUAAGUCCAACCCCUGCAAGAAGGUGUGUGUGACGGGGUGGAUGGUGGUGCUGCCAGAUGACCCAUCAAGACCCAACAUCUUCCAACUCAAUGACCCAGACAAAGGCAAUGUUUACAAGUUCCAGACAGGAUCCAGGUUUUCAGCGAUCAUCUGGCACAAAAACCUGGAAGAGGCUUGUAGGAGCAGCAGACCCCAGAUACCAGCAAACCUCAUGUCAUUUGAAUGACAGCAGACCUUACACUUCGGGACAUUAUUGUGCCAAACCCAUUUGUUUGGGAUGUACAGACUAAAUAAUGGAGCACAGUGGAUUGUGAUGUAAUCUACUGAUAUGGGAGAGUCGGGGAAGCAUCUAGCACUGUGGAAGAAGCUCUUUAAUACUGGAUGUGUGACUUAUACGCCAACGCACCUGCUUUCUUCUUCACUAGGACUAAAUGCAAUGUCAACUCUUGAAAAAUCCAGCCAAUGGAAGACUUUGGUGAGGCUGUCCCGUGUUAAUGUCCCUAAGCAUCCUUGUUCCUUGUAAUUUGUUAUGUUGGUAAAAACAUGUGAGCAAGCACACUGUUUUGUGUUUGGGUGAAACAAUCAGUGUACUAAUGUGGACAGUGUCAGCUGACUGAUGCUGAUCUUGACUUUGCAGACCAGUGUUACGCGGCCUUUAAAAGGAGCUCACAUUUGUAACAUAGGAAGUUAAAAAACACACCCCUCUUGUUUAAUCUGUGAAUCUGUCUUUUCUGCAUUUCAACAUUAUACCAGAGACAGAGGAGGCAAAAACUUCAACACACAUCCCAACCAGAAUGUGGAGCUGUGAGCAUGAAAAAAAUAAUUAUCCUGUUUUAAAGUCUCAUUAUUACUAUUACAAAUCAGCACUGCAGCAAAAAGGACAUACGAUGAGUCUUCAUCUCCUUUAGCCUUGUGGCAAACAGCUUGACUGAAUUUGUUCCAAAAUAUUUCAUAGGUGUACAAAAACAAUAUGGAAGCUAGAAGUUGGCUUUAAGAGUGACAACUGUGGUCAGAUGAAGAAGCAGCCCUGCGCCAGUUCACUUGUUUCCCCCUUGCUACCUCAGUUGGUAGUUGUCCUGUGAGAAGUGUUUGCUAAUGUGCAUACCAUUUAAUAAUACCAUAACAUUUACAAAAAGCAACAAUUCAUGUUUUCUACUAAAUUUAGCCCAUAGAAUUGGUACUAAACAUUGUUAUAAUUACAGUCAGUAAUGCAUAAGACAGCCAACUGUUGUCCACGCCAGGAUGCCAAGCAGCUGGUGGAGUCAAUUGGAAUAAUUUACAAUGAAGUACCAGGCUUUCAACAAUCGUGUGUGUGUGUUUGUGUGUGUGUGUGUAAAUACUGUAUUUAUUUGUAAAAGAGUUUAUUUUUUUGAUAGUUGAUCAUCAGAAGGAAGUGGUCCGAUUAUUAUCUUUGAUUAUCCAGCUGCUGACCAGUUUAAAAAUUAGUUUCACUCAUGACCUCCAAAUUAGGGACAUUGGAAUAAGGGAUUGGUGCUCUUAACAUUCAGAGUCAAAAUGUUGAACUUAAAGGAUAAUUCUUCUUUAUUGACUUGGAUUUAUAGACUGUAUAACAGAAGUGGACGUAGCCACGGUGACACCAACCAUUGGUUUUGUAGUCUCAAGUUUAACAUUUUGGCCGUUUUUUGGAGCCAGAAGACCAUAUUUGGAUGGGAGGGUGGAGCUGGCACAGACCUACAUUCUGCUUCAGCAUUUACCCAUCAUACUUACCGUAGUUGUGUGCACACUGUUGUCCUAUGCAAUAAGGAAUAACUAACAUUUCGGGUGUGCUCAAAUUUAGUUUUAUGUCCAAAUAAAGUGGUUUAAUCAUCUGGACAAAGCUGUCUGAUUGUCUGAUGUUCCUGGAUCAAAAGCUAUGAGAAAGAUCGAAGUUUUAAUAAACUGGAAUAAUCCUUUAAGUAUAGACGCCAUUGUAAUUGUUAGUCAUUUUUUAUGAUUAUCAAAUGCAAUUGUGGCAAAGACAUUGAAAAACAGAAAUGAAAGCAUAUACUUUUACUUAAGUGUAAUCACGUUGUCAAGAAUCUGAUGACUUGAAAUGUUCUUUGUCUUGUUUAUAGAAGUCAUUCACAUAUUGUCCCUGACU